UUGAAACUGACGUAAUGCUUGGAGUCUGAGGUCCUGACAAGCGAUAACAUUUCUGAUAAAGAACUGAGAUCACUGCAAAAACCAACCUCCUUUUUUCCAUCCCAGACUCAGGCGUUUUUACUAUUAAACACAGUCUCCCAAGAUUUCACGUGUACAGGAGCAAUUCGCAAUCUUACAUCCCCAUAAAAAAAGAAAUCAUUCCCCGAGAUCAACAAACAAACAACACAAAGACGCUUCAUGGCUAACGCCAAAGCUCCACCAUCUUUCAGACUGCAAAGACUAUUGCAAUUUAAUCAACAGUGAUCGAGAAGAACGGCAUGGUGUGGUCACCCCUCGCACCCAGGAUCAUCUGCACCUGUGAGGUUUUCUGAGAAAAGGAAGUACGGGACGGCGCAUUUAACAAGCAACGCACGUAGAGCGAGUAAACUUUGUGAACACUGUGGGGGAAAAAAUGGAAUGAUUCCCAGGCAGAAUGGAUGUGGAAUAAAGGAUACAUCGGAGGGCUCCUCAGGGAAGGGUCUUUGGAUACUCUGCCAGCUUUGAUAUCUGCCUCCCUGUUGGAUUUGAGUGUGAUAAUGCUAUAACCCAAUGCUUAACAGAGAUAUGGUGCGGAAAAAGAAUCCCCCUUUGAGAAGCUUCGGCGGUGAAGAAGAGGAGGGUGAGGUGGUGGCGGCCGAGGCCACGGGCCCAGAGAGCGGGAACGCGGGGAGCCAGGCCUCAGAGCCCGACCGUGCUGUGGCCGAAGAACAGGAGGAACCGUCCUCCCCUGGCCCCAUCAAACCAGACAGGCCUGACUUGCAUUACUCCAGCCACAAACUGGCAGCAUUCUACUCCAGCCGCGAGGGCACUGAUACCGAACCGCUGGACUCUACCACCUCCCCAACGAACUCUGAUCCAGGUGAGAGAGGAGACUGUGAGGACGACCGGAACAGUCUAAAACCCAGCACCCGGUCAGGCGGCGUCAUCGUACAGGGCUGCACCAGUAACGGAGAGGAGAGGGACGCCACACACAGCCCGCUAGCAUUGCUGGGCUCUGACAGCCCUCGUGGUGCGGCUGUCGAAGGCUCUAAAGUUCCUCCUGUUACACUUCAUCCACAGAGGCCCAUUGGGGGAGCGGAGGACGCCCCUAGCCCUCUGGGAGCUGAGACGGGAGCACCUCCACCCACCUCACCCAAACUACAAGACUUUAAGUGCAACAUUUGUGGGUAUGGUUAUUACGGCAACGACCCCACGGACCUGAUCAAACACUUUCGUAAGUACCAUUUGGGCCUGCACAACCGGACGCGGCAGGACGCGGAGCUGGACAAUAAGAUUCUGGCACUACAUAACAUGGUGCAGUUCACAGCCCAAACACAGGCCAAAGACUCAGCGCGCCUCCUCGGCCAAUCAGCUCAGAGCAGCUCUGCGGCGGAAGCAGGGUCACCCAGAUCCUCCGUACUUAACGGCACCUACGACGUACAGGUAAUGUUAGCCGGCACCUUCAUCGGAAUUGGGAGGAAGACGCAGGACUGUCAGGGCAACACCAAGUACUUCCGCUGCAAGUUCUGCAACUUCACCUACAUGGGAAGCUCUUCUGUAGAUCUAGAACAGCAUUUCCUGGCCACCCACCCCAACAAGAUGAAGAGUCCGCCUCCGUCCAACACCAGCCUCGAGGAGAAGUCCUCAACUGAACGGAAGGGGAACUGCGUAUCGCGCAUUGGGGCAGAUGAGCAAGGGAAGUGGGCCGAUCGGGUGGCGGUGCGGGCCGAAGAUGACUCUGUGGCUGGGUACUCCGUACCAAUCAGGGCGUCAGAUUCCCCUAGUCGCACUGGAGGUGACACCCCUGCCUCCUAUUACUGGUGCAAGUAUUGCAGUUUUAGUUGCGAAGCUACCAGUGCUUCUAGGCUUCUGGAGCACUAUGAGAAGAGACACGGCCAGGCGGCCAUCAGGGAGGGAAGUCCAGGGGAAAGGGACAGAAAGGCCCAUGACGGAGACUCCCACUUACAGAAAAAGGAGAAGACUGGAGCAGCGGGCGACCAGGAAACGGUAGUAACCAGUUACAACUGCCAGUUCUGCGACUUCCGUUACUCCAUGACUCACGGGCCGGAAGUCAUCGUCGUGGCUCCGCUUUUGCAUCACUACCAACGGGCUCAUAGCAUUCACAAGUGCACCAUCAAACAUUGCCCCUUCUGUCCCCGUGGGCUCUGCACUCCUGAGAAGCACCUGGGGGAGAUUUCCUAUCCCUUCGCUUGUCGUAAGAGCUCCUGCUCGCACUGUGCUCUACUUCUGCUGCAGCUAACAGCCGGAGGGACCACUACCCCAUCCCUGCCAGCUCCCCGAGCGUCCGUCACCCAUCAGUGUGACCAGUGCCCGUUAACCUCGACUGAUAUUGACUUGCUUCUCUUGCACUAUGACAGCACCCACACCUCGCAAACCUUACUGGAAGUCAAACCAGAGGAGAAGGGAUCAGGGGAUGCAGGGCCAGGGACAGGACGGGACCAUCCUGGAGAGUACGCCUGCACUAAGUGCCAUUUCUUCACUGAAGUGGAGGAGGACAUCUUUCGUCACUACAGGAGAGUUCAUGGCUGCUGUCGUUGUCGGCAUUGUAGUUUCACUGCCACCGACACCACGGCACUGCUGGACCACUUCAACUCCGCCCACUGCCAGGACUCUGCGGAUCCAGCCUCUGCUCCUGCCAACGGCUGCUCUGCUCCUUCAACCCUCCGCAUCAAAGAGGAGAGCAAAGGUGAUCUGAAACUCUAUAGCCUGGUGCCUCCAGAGGCCUGCAGAGCCGAGCCGCUUCCCGGCUCAGAGGGCGUGAAGAGUGAGGCCCAGGAUGAGAAGGAAAAAGGCUGGGUUGAAGCGCUGGGCCCUGUGACUGGCGGUGGAGUCCGAGGUGGGGAGCAACACGUGCAGAGCCUGGUGUGGGUGCCCAAAGAACGUGCAGGGGAGAUCCUUAGAGGAAGCCCAGCCCCGUUCCCCCAGGCCACACUGGGUCUGCUGAACGCUGUGGCAGCUGGGGUAAAAGACCAGCAGCAGCAGAAGGGGGCGACCAUGCUUAGAGACCCUUCGGGACUGAUCUUCAGCCUUAGUGCAGAUGCUAAAAGCUACCUGCCAGGGACGCCGAUGAGCGGUGCGGAGAAAGCCGGGCAGCAGUACCCAACUUCUACCGAGGGCAAGAGUGCCAAGGAAGAGUCGCAGUCUCUCUUACGGAGACGGCGGGGCUCGGGGGUCUUCUGCGCCAACUGUCUGACCACCAAGACCUCGCUGUGGAGGAAGAAUGCCAACGGCGGCUACGUGUGCAACGCGUGUGGCCUCUAUCAGAAGCUGCACUCGACCCCAAGACCGCUGAACAUUAUCAAGCAAAACAACGGCGAGCAGAUCAUCCGUCGACGGACACGCAAGCGCCUGAAUCCUGACCCCGUACCAUCUGAGCAGGUGGGGUCCAAGCAGCAGCGCGUCAACAGCGAGGAGCGUCUCAACGGCAGCCCCUUAGAGAGGAGGACUGAGGAAGCAGGAUCUGAUGGGUCUUUAUCACGUGCCGAGGCCCAAGUGCAGUUGGAUAAAUACGAGGCUUACGGUUCCUCAGGACCCAAAAGUCACCCUAGCCCCCGCUCCACCCACGCGUUCCUCGUCAACCAGACGCUGGAGAUCCACAAGCGCAUGCCACCCCUGCAUAUGCACAAGAGCCCUGCGGACGGCGGGGCCGAGGGCAACGGGCUCAGCGCAGGACCCCAGGGAGGGGACGGCAAGGGUGGUUCUGAACGGGGCAGCCCUAUUGAGAAGUACAUGCGUCCAUCGAAGCAGGCCAGCUACUCCCCUCCUGGAAGCCCUAUCGAGAAGUACCAGUACCCAUUCUUCAGCCUACCCUUCCUCCACAACGACCUGCAAAACGAAGCGGACUGGUUGCGCUUCUGGACUAAGUACAAGAUGUCUGUGCCGGGCAACCCGGGCCACUACCUGAGCCCUGUGGCUGGCCUUCCCAAUCCGUGCCAAAGCUUUGUGCCUUACCCUACCCUCGGCUUACCGCCUCAUUUCCCCCCACCAACCCCUUCUGAACCCGAAAGCGACACGCCUCUCGACCUGGCCAUGAAACAUUCCAAACCCAGUCCUACACCCAAUGGGACCCUCGUCGCCAAGGAGAAAUGGGCGUCAACCGCUUCUGAAAGGGAGCGGGAGACGGAACACUCGGAAGAACCCGAAGAGGAGCACUCUACUUCGCAAAUCGCCCAACCGGAGAAGAUUGAUCAGGCCACGCAAGAUGACAUCUCGAGCAAAUGCACCCACUGUGGCAUUGUCUUCAUGGACGAGGUCCUGUACGCCCUGCACAUGAGUUGCCAUGGUGACGGCGGGCCCUUCCAGUGCAGUAUCUGCCUGCAUGCUUGCGCCGAUAAGUACGAUUUCACAACACACAUCCAGCGAGGCCUCCACCGGGCCGCCCCCGAGGCGAAUGCCAACCCCUCUAACCAAUGAGCUUUACAAACCUGCAGUCCGAGCACAAUUAGAGCAGCGAGGAAAGCGAGCGCUUGUACAAAUGAAUGCAUUGAACUUUUUUUUGCUUGAAAUGUGCCAAGACGGAUCAUGGUGCCUAAGCAGCCAAUGCAAGAAACUUCAGUCAGCAUAGCAUUUCUGUGGGAGCUCACACACACGUAUACUUUUAACGAACAAAGACUGCUUUUUGAAGACAUCGGUACAUGUAGCUACUCAAUCUAGAUAUAUUUUCGUUAGUCCAGAUAUGUAAUUUUCGACAAGGCAGUUCAGCAAGCAAGGUACAUCUACUCCAAUUUAAUGCUUCGUUUCUCGUCGUGUGUAUUCGCAGAUUUAUGGAAAGUUCUCUUACCUGGUUCUGAUAAAAAUGAGGAUGUGUUUCUGCAUGUGUGGCUCAGUGUAGGAAAAUGUGGCAGUCGUCUGUCACUAUGGCAACAGCAUAAAUGACUGCCGUCCUCGAACAAACAUCCAGCAUCCUCAGGGAAAGUGUAUGGCUGAAUAGACAACAUUAGUUUAUAGUCUGUCUCCAGUUAACAUUAUACUAAAUGUCUUAUGGUUUUCUGUUUGUUCUUGUCAUUCUUGUCUUUUUUUGUGUGUUGAAGUUAUAGGGUUAGGUAACUCAAGUCACAGAAUCCAUCAAAACUUUUAAGCUGCUGCCUUAGUUGCUGGGAUGCAAUUCUCUACUCUAGAAAUUUGGGAAGGAAUAAAAAAAUAUUUUUUUUCUAGGUUGUUAAUAGUAAAAUCAUAUUAUCAGUGCCUGAUAUAUUGUACAAAGUAUUUUCUACAUGAGAUGUUGAUAUGCAACAUUGAACUUGCAUCUGAAUAAGGGCCUUGAGUUUGGCUCUGACAAACGUUUACAUUUGCAAAUGUAGCAAACGUCAUAAUGAAGCAACACCUGAACUUUUUUUUUUUUUUUCAUGAAAACAGUAAGACAAUUCAAUUUCCUUUCCUCUAAAGGAGGAAUAUUAAACAAAAGUAUGUUUUUUUUUCUUUCUUUUUUUUUUUUAGUUUUGGCCACAAAAGGGCACUAUUCAUUCCAAGUGUUGUCAUUUUCUGUUGCCUCUUCUUACCAUGUACUUGUGCUUUGUAGUUGAAGAAAAAGGUUGUAUUGGACUGAAGUCUUCCUGUAUUUUUCUCUUGCUCUUCUGAUACCGAACGUUCAAGGGAAACUGAUGAGUCUGUGCUUUAUUUGGUCAUUUUAUGGGAGCCAGUGCUCUAUAAUAUAAAAAUAAUAACUUUGUGCCAGUCUAAAUUCAUUCGGUUCCACCUUUAAUUCUAAAGAGCAGUUGAAAACACCUUAGACUUUUGUUUUUUUAACAAUUUUAUUCAGUGUACUGUUGAUGAAACUUAAUAACUGCAGGUGUUUCUGGUGCCUUUCAAUGGCAGUUGUCUCAAAGAGGCAUAACAUUAUUUAUAUUGUUGUUUCACCCAGCUGUACUUUGGUUUUUAUGCCCCUUUUGCAACUUUUAUCAUGUGGAGUGGACAACUGUCUACCUGAGUGACCGAAAAACAUAUUUUUAAGUAAUAAUGAGCUCAGAAAUGAUCCAAACAUACUUUAUCAAGUCAAGCGCUUGAUAUAUUUAAAGCUGUUCACGCAUCUUCACAGUUUUCCAUUUUAUUUGAAUAGGAAAAGCAAAAAUAUUUGAACCUCCCAGAUUCUGUUUUUGUUUGCUAGCAGCUUUGAGAUGUCUGUUGUUUUUUUGCUGUUGUUGUUGCUGUUGUUGUUGUGCUCCCAUGUGUACUUCUCCACACUUGCUCCUUUUCAUGGUCACAGGUUCAGUGAGUUGGGUCUAGUCUGACUUCCUACAGACAUUAUUUAUAUGAACUGGGGAAAAGGGGGAGAGCUUGAGACUCAAAAUGUCUAAUUUGUGCUCUCUCUCUCUCUCUCUCUCUCUCUCUCUCUCUCUCUAUCUGU